AUGAACUUUUGGAGGUACUGCUUUUUUGCUUUCACUCUGCUCAGUGUGGUCAUUUUUGUGAGAUUUUACAGUAGCCAACUGAGCCCGUCAAAAAGUUACGAGAAGCUGAACAGUUCCAGUGAAAGAUAUUUUAGGAAAACUGCCUGUAAUCACGCCUUAGAGAAAAAGCCAGUCUUUUUGUGGGAAAAUAUAUUACCAUCACCUUUGCGAAGUGUCCCUUGCAAGGAUUACCUGACCCAGAAUCACUACAUCACAAGUCCCCUUUCGGAAGAAGAGGUUGCAUUCCCUUUGGCCUAUGUCACGGUCAUCCAUAAAGACUUUGAUACCUUUGAAAGGCUCUUUAGGGCUAUCUAUAUGCCCCAAAAUGCCUACUGUGUUCACGUGGAUGAGAAAGCCCCAGCUGAGUUUAAGGAAUCUGUGAGGCAGUUACUGAGUUGCUUCCAAAAUGCUUUCAUUGCUUCAAAGACAGAGUCUGUGGUUUAUGCAGGAAUUUCCAGACUCCAGGCUGAUCUGAACUGUCUGAAAGACCUUGUCGCCUCUGAGGUUCCCUGGAAGUACGUCAUCAACACCUGUGGACAAGACUUCCCCCUGAAAACCAACCGGGAGAUAGUUCAGCACCUGAAAGGAUUUAAAGGGAAAAAUAUCACCCCAGGGGUGCUGCCUCCUGACCAUGCAAUUAAGUGAACUAAAUAUGUCCACCAAGAGCAUACAGAAAAAGGUGGCUCUUUUGUGAAAACUACUAAUAUUUUGAAAACUUCACCUCCACAUCAGCUGACCAUCUACUUUGGCACUGCCUAUGUAGCGCUUACCAGAGAGUUUGUCAACUUUGUUCUCCAUGACAAAAGGGCCAUUGAUCUGCUACAAUGGUCAAAAGAUAGCUAUAGUCCUGACGAGCAUUUCUGGAUGACACUUAAUAGGGUUUCAGGUGUUCCUGGCUCUAUGCCAAAUGCAUCCUGGACUGGAAACCUCAGAGCUAUAAAGUGGAGUGAUAUGGAAGACAGUCACGGAGGCUGUCAUGGCCACUAUGUACAUGGUAUUUGUAUCUACGGAAACGGAGACUUAAAGUGGCUGGUUAAUUCACCAAGCCUGUUUGCUAACAAGAUUGAGCUUAAUACCUACCCCCUUACCAUGGAAUGUCCAGAACUAAGGCAUCGCGAAAGAACCCUCAAUCAGAGUGAAACUGCGAUACAACCCAGCUGGUAUUUUUGAGCUAUUCAUGAGCUACUCAUGACUGAAGGGAAAUGGCAGUUGGGAAGAGGAGCCUGUUUUUGUGAGAGACUUUUGCCUUCGUAAUGUUAAUGGUUUCAGGACGUUUAUAGCUUCAGGACUUGGCUACAUAAUUAUACUUAAAAUGUCCACUGGACACUGUGAAAUACACUAACAGGAUGGCUGGGUAGAGCAAUCUGGGCACUUUGGCCAGUUUUAGUCUUGCUGUUUCUUGAUGCUCACCUCCAUAUUAGCUUAUUGUUGGGAUCAACAAUAAUUUUAAAUGACCUCAGAUCUUUGAACCAGAUACUCAUCAUAUUCAAAUGUUCUAAUAAAAAAGAGAAUUGUAGAUAAUACUGUCUAGGAAACUAAGAAUUAGGUUUCUUUGAAGAAGGAAUCUUUUAUAACACAUUAACUGUCACCACUGUGCUCAACCAGACAGAUACUGAAACAGCUUUCUGGGUAAUUCACCAAUUUCCUUUAAAACAUAAGCUACCUGAAUGGAGAAUAGAUCUUGUUUCUGAGUUUCAACACUAGCAUAUUUGGUUUACUCAUGGCCAAAGCUCUGUAUAUAGUAUAAAGUCAUUAACAAGAAACAGGAUAUGCUUU